AUGCUUGAUGGGUUUUUGUCAGAAAAAGUCAGGAUUUGCGCGACAAUUUCGACUUCCCUAGCCGGAAUCGGCUGUUUUCUCGGUGGAAUGGGAACACAUCCUCUUCUCCGACUCGAGCCGAAGCAAAACAAUUUCUUCCCGACAACUAAGGAAGUUUCUCUAUGGAAAGUGACAGAGUACUCGCUCGAAGAGCCGGGAAACUCAACGACCAAAACAUGGGCGAUGUUCACAGGAAGUCCGUCUCCGAUGCCAGUCGAGAUCGGAGUUUCAAUGACAAUUUUGGCGAGUGUCACUGCUUUAAGCUGCUUUUUCAGGCUCCGAAAGGAAACUCGACUCGUUUCUGCCCAUGGAAAUCUUCUUGCUGGGUUUCUUGCGCUGACUGCUUUACUAUCUGUCAAAAUCGGCUUUUCUGUUGAGCACGUAACAAGCGAUUUCUACAGUGUCGGCCUUGCAUCCUUUGGGAUCGGGCUGUUGUUUCUCUGCGGCAUCCUGGGUCAUUUCAGUGCGGGGAUGAUGCCAUCUACACCUCGAUUCGCGAUUCAGAAUUUGAUCUUCUACUUUGUCUGCACCCUCGGAUGCGCUCUUUCUCUCAGUGGAUGCUUUAUGACAACGAUUGGCGAUUCAACCCCUUAUUGCACUGUUCCUCUUGGCCUCUGCACGAGAUUCGAGCCGCCAACCAGAAUUGGGUUUUUCGAGAAAUGUCUCAUUCAAGAGAAAAAUGGAUCAGAAGAGCAAGAUUGUCAGGCCUGGGAUGCAAAGAUGCAGUCGAUGCUGAGUGGAAUCUUCACCAUCGUAAUUUUUAAAAUAUUGACUCUUGGAUCUGCUGGCGUCGUGAAAUUUCUCAAUGUCAACUGGAGAGGACUCUCAACAACGCUCGUUGUUCUGUCAAUUGGUUUCGGCGUCAUGGGGCUUUCAUUAGCCGCAGUUUUCUUGGCGGCUUUUUAUCACGAGAACAAGGAGGGUGAUUUGCGAUACAUUGCUCCGUAUUACGGAGCUGCCUACUGGCUCUUCUGCUCUGGAGUCAUUUCAUCCCUUAUCGCCGGAGCAACAAUUUUGGGCGAAGAAGUUGAGCCAGAAGAUGACGAAGAAGAUUUCGAAAACUUGAAAAAACCUUCUCUUGUUCUCCAAGGAACUGAUAAUGACGCUUUUUCGCAAGAAUCGUCUUCCAUUUCUGGCGAAGAAAGUACAAAUAUGUGA